AUGACUCCAUUUCUCUCCCCUCGUCGCGCCAGCCCGCAACGGCGAUCCAACGCCCCCCAGACCCCCAGCCCGAAUUACUUUGGCUUCCAGGCCGACAGCAGUUCCUACCUCAGCGACUCUCCCCAUCAACAUGCCAAGAGCAACUGGAGCCCGCCCUCUAGCACCGUGCGGUCGACCGCCGCCAUGUCGCCCAGUGUUGUUCCCCUCGACCAAAAUCCCGACUUUGAUCAGUUUCGCAAGCAGUCCGAAGGGAAGGCCUUUAACCUGGGCGGUCUGAACAAUUUUAAGAUGAAUGCGCCCAAUCCGAGACCGGGUCAGAGCAGAUCAAACAGUCGCACAUCCGUAGCACAACCAUUGGCAAGGCAAAAGACAGAGCCAAAGGAGAUACCGCGACAGAAUCACCGCGCAUCGUUGGAUCAGUCAGCGACUGAGUUGUCACGCUCUCCCAAACGGGUUCUCUCGCCCGGAUCUGCGUACGAGGGUAGACGACGUGGCUCGCCGCCAGAGGAAAUCGAUCUCACUGCAAAAGAUAAGGCCUCAAGUCCGCCAGAAGCACAUCGUUUCAAACUGCCACUGGAGACACUCAAUGGAUCGUACAAUGCUCAAAAGGCACGGGCUGAGACACUUCCCACCACAACCGAAGGCGACACUCAAGUUCUGGCAACACCGCAGCAUGUCGUCAAUCUGCUGACGUCAAGAAUGGAUGAGAUACUGAUCCUGGAUCUACGAGUGCAAACGCAGUACGCCAAUUCUCACAUAACUGGUGCACUAAACCUUUGCAUUCCUACGACUCUACUCAAGCGACCUUCUUUCAAUGUGCAAAAACUUGGCGAUACCUUCAAGGACGAGGAACAGCGAGCCAAGUUUGAGAAUUGGAGGAAGAGCAGUUACAUCAUCGUGUACGACGCAAACUCAUCGGUACUCAAGGACGCUACAAUGUGUUUGAACACCAUCAAGAAGUUCCGUGGCGAGGGUUACGAGGGAACGCUCUACAUUGUCCGAGGCGGCUUCCUUGAAUUUGCGAAACGAUUCCCCAACUACGUCGACAGUGGCGUGGAUGCUACCAUGCAUGACUCGGUGGAUGGCGACGGUCCAGCAAUUGCACCCGCCGUGGGAGGAUGUCCGAUGCCAUCGACGGACAAGCCCGCGAACCCUUUCUUUGGCAACAUCCGGCAGAAUAUGGACCUGAUCGGUGGUGUAGGACAACAGCCGAUCCAGCACCCAUCUGGAGAGACCAAGUCUGCAGAAUCGGAUUACCCUGACUGGCUCAAGCUCGCCGCUAGGAAAGACGACGAGGGCAAGCGGGUGUCGGAGAAGUUUGAGGCCAUCGAGCGCAGAGAAAAGAAGCGGAUGGAGGAUGCACUGUCAGGCAAGGUCUCAUGGGGAGGUAGCACUCCCAAAACUCCCUCGCACAGUGACAAAGUCCAGAUCGCAGGCAUCGAAAAAGGCAACAAGAACCGAUACAACAACAUCUGGCCAUUCGAGCACUCGAGGGUCAGGUUGCAAGGCGUACCGAGCCACGGAUGCGAUUACAUCAAUGCAAGCCAUAUCAAGGCGUCGUGGAGCAACAAGCGCUACAUCUCGACGCAAGCACCAAUCCCCGCCACCUUCAACGACUUCUGGAAUGCUGUCUGGCAGCAAGACGUUCGAGUCAUUGUCAUGCUGACUGCGGAGAAAGAAGGCGCCCAGGUGAAGGCGCACAACUACUGGGAUAGCAACCAUUACGGUGCGAUACAUCUCGACUUCCUGUCCGAGAAGCGAGCCUCUUUGGAGCCGUCUAGGAUCCAUCGACACCAGAAGCGGCCUUCGAAUGUGAAGCGGUCGUCAACAUUGUCACAGAACCCACAGAUACCCCUGGCUCGGAUAGAUCCCAAGGACGAGAAGAACGGCGAGCAACCGUACGUGAUUGUGCGAAAGUUUACCGUUAAGCACGACAAGCAUCCCUUCGAGCCGAUGCGGGAGAUUACUCAACUGCAGUACUCCAGCUGGCCAGAUUUUGGAGCUCCCGCGCAUCCGGCGCAUCUACUCGGAUUGGUAGAGCAAUGUGACGCGGUCGUUCGUGCUUCUAACAAGACCAACUCCCGCGAGCCGGACCCUCCGAACAAGCGACCUGUCCUGGUACAUUGCAGCGCCGGAUGUGGUCGGACUGGCACUUUCUGUACGGUGGAUUCUGUCAUCGACAUGCUGAAGCGACAGCGACUAGCAAGAGACACCCGAGAAGGCUCACCGAUGGAUAUCGACAAAGCGCCACCGUCCAAGCAGAAGGAAAGUGGUUUCUUUGCUUCGCAGUAUCGCGACAACAACGAUGACAUCGAAGGGGCGUGGGUCAAUCGUGACGAUUUGGAUCUGGUCGAAAAGACUGUAGAGGACUUCCGUCAUCAACGGUUGAGCAUGGUCCAGAGUCUGCGACAGUACGUCCUAUGUUAUGAGAGUGUCAUGGAAUGGCUUGUGGAUGAACGUCUUGCGGCAAAGGAUGGGUCCCGAAGCUGA